ACCCUCGCGGGGGCGCCACCUGCGUGGGAGUUACCCAGGUGUGACUGAGCCAUCCGCCGCGCAGCAAUUGAGCAGUGAGCGCGGCGAGACCGACUAAACACCACAGCCAUGGCGACGGACCGCUUUCACAGAGCGGCGAGAGACUCGUUGUUGGACGUGUUAAAAGAAGCGACCCGCAGGGACUGCAAUCUGAAGGACGAGGACGGCAUGACGCCGACCCUAUGGGCUGCUUUCGAAGGCAAUUUGGACGCCCUGCGGCUUCUGGUCGGAAGAGGGGGCGAUCCUGAUAAAGCUGACCACUUUGGAAACACAGCACUGCACCUAUCGUCAGCCAGGGGACACCUCAACUGCGUCACCUUCUUGGCCAACUUCGGCGUCAACCUCUGGGCCCUGGACAUCGACUUCCACUCGGCCAAAGAACUGGCCGCCAUGAACAACAGAGACGAAGUUUUGCGCUUUCUUGACUCUGCAGUGACCGCUGAAGAGGUGGCCAAGCCAAAAGUGGCUAAAGCUAAAAGAGAUAAGGCCCUGAAAGAGGCGGAAAAGAGACUAAAAGACCUUGAAAAACAACACAAAAAGGCUGAUCGUCUGGCUGAAAAAGAGCAGCGCCGGCUGAAAAAAGAGAGGCAAAAAAUGGACGUGCCAGACACGACCAUGCCACAUCGUCCGUCACAUGUCUUGGCUGCGCUCAAAAAGGCCAAAGGGGUGGAUUCCGCCAAGUUUUCUGAUAUCGUCCAGGGUGCUGGACAGAAGAAAAACGUCGUUGGCGCGCAGAAGAAGAUCCAAAGCAAAACAGCUGACUUUAAAAUAACGGACGAGGGCGAUGGGCGCCAAAGAACCGUGCGAAGUUUGAGUGGUCUGCGUAGAGAUUCCGAGGUCAUGUAUGUCGGUGCCUAUGACAAAAAGGGAGGGAUCAACUCUUCCAACAGAACCUUAUCUGAACCAGAGUUUCUGCACAAUGACGCUCUUUCCGAGCCAUCGUCAAUUUUUGACAGACCUGGCUUUGGAUCAGUGGCGUUCAGAAAUUCAAUCACCGCGACCCUAAACGCUAUGCCCUCAGUCCGAGAGGGAUCAAACGGUGAUGUGAGGAACCGCCGGAAUUCAUUAGGCAGCGCAGGAAGCUCAGGAUCAAGGGGAAGACGACAGGUUCCGUGGGAUGAUGAAGACGUAGAGAGUGAUGACGAAGACGAUGCUGAAUGGUCUCCCCUGCAACUAUUUCUUCUUGCUCACGGACUAGGUGAACAUGUGCAAACGUUCAUAAAUGAGCAGAUCGAUUUGGAAGCUCUCAUGCUGCUGACUGACCACGAUUUGGUUGCUCUGGGCCUACCCCUGGGUCCCCGGAGAAAACUUUUGAAGGCUUUGGAAGACAGAAGGCAAGCCUUGGAUGAGCCAGGAGAAGUUGAGGACAGUCAGUUAUAAAAAUUUCUAGGUCUAGGCCCAUCUUGUGUAUAAUUAAGUGUAUAUUACAUAAAUUAUGGAUGAAUUCCAUAAUAUUGUACAAAAUAAACGAGCGCUGUUGAUAUUUUUAAAUUAUUA